GGAAACUGGUGUUGCUAAGCGACACCAACUCCCGGGUGGGCCCUGGCGCAGCAAAAGCCUGCGACCUGGAUGGUGCCUAGAUAGGUACGAAAGCGGGUACUUGUGACCCGAAGAGGAGGAUAGAGCUGCCGAAACCCACGCUAUGUGCGAGGGACCCUCCAAGCUCUCGGGGCCUAUCCCCCCUGACCCCACCCUGUUCCCCGACUACUACAAGCGCCCAGGCACAGCCCGAAGCUUCGAAGGAAGUGCUCUGAAGCUAGGCCUGGAGCCUCCCUGGCAAGGUGCCUCCCUGCCGCAGCCUGCUCGCAUUUGCCCUGGACCCCCGCAGAGUCUGGUGGGUGUUCUGUUACAGCUCCAGGAGGUGUCGCUGGGCAGGGAGCCCCUGUCCAAAAGAAAAAACCUGAAAAACCAUGAGAAGGAAAACGUGCGGCGGAUCCGGGAGAUCCAGAAGCGGUGGCAGGAACAAGAGAGGGGACAAGAGCAGAGCGGGCCCAAGCCUGUCAAGGCCCUUUGGCGGUCACCCAAGUAUGACAAAGUAGAGUCCCGGCUGAGAUACAAGCUGCAGGAGCGGUCCUCUACCUCUGGGCCCGAGCCUCCGGCCUUCCUGCCCGCAAAUUCCCACUGUGGACCUGGGGCACAGCCUCGUCGUGUGGCUUCUAUGGGCCUGGCUUUGCCCGGUACUGAUGGGUCCCCACGGCCAGGCCCUGGUGCCAAGAGGCAGUGUCCAGCUGUGAACUUCAUCACCCAUAAUGCCCGGAUGGCCAAGGUCACUCCUCAGCGGCGGUCACGCUCUCUCCAGUGUCUGGCCGAGGUCCAGGAGCAGCAGCGGCGGGCCCAGGAGGAGUACAACGCCCGGCAGAAGGGCCACGUGCCCCAUUACCUGGUGGAACGUAAAGAUCUGUGGCGCCGGGAAGCUGAGGAGCGCCAGCGGAACCAGCCCGACCCUGACAUACCUCCAGGUCACACCAUGAUGCCUGAGAGUCAGCGCCUGGAUACCUUGAACUCCCUUCUCCAGAGCCAACAAGAACUGCUCCGAGAGCUGGUGCUGCUGCCUUCGGGAGCAGACUCCCUUCGAGCCCAGAGCCACAAGGCUGAUUUGGAGAAGAAGCUUUCACAGGUAGAGGAGGCCCUCAGGAUCUUCUCCCGAUCCAAAGUCUUUGUCAAGAUGGAUUCCUGAGCUCUUCCUGCUGGUGCCCGGGAAAGCCACCAGAGCCCCUCUGCUCCUUCUGUACAGAGCAGUGCUGCAAGGCCUCCGGGCAGGAGCUGGCUGGCUCCUGGAAGGGCAGGUGCUGCCCUUGUGAGCCUGGUCCAGGAUCUGACGGUAACCCCCAGUGGCACCUCCCCCAGGGGCGGCAGAAGGAACAGGCCGAGGCAGCUGCUGUUAAGAAUAUUUGUCUGUUUUAAAAUUAAACCUUUUUUUGACUUGA